GCCACCUCAUUCAACCCCGACUAGCACACUGACUGGAAACCAUGAUCAGGCAAGGCGACGCGCUGGUAAAAUCGGAGAAUUUCAGGAAGAGACCCGCGGUGUAAGUCAACGUCGCGUCCUCCACCUACGCGCUGACGCGCGACCGCGAAGACAGGCAACAAACUGAGAGUCAAAGCAUUAGACAGCAAAAGCACACGUAUCAGCUCUACGCUAAUGCAGAGCCGUAGAUCAUGUACACCAUGCAGACGACGCAAAAUGAAGUGUGACCGAGGGAUGCCCUGCCUCAGGUGCGCAAAGUCGAAAAAUGGAACGGCUUGCGUAUAUGAGGCUAUGAAAAAUCUUGGACAGCUUUUUGACGGCGAAGUUGCUGGCAACGGCUCCAAUCAUGCUGCCUCCAUCUCAAGUCGUGCAUCUACACCACUGGAGCUGGACUUCAACAGUAAAGAGCUCGAGGAGCAGCUGCUGGGAUUAGCUAACCCUGACAUCAAAGAUCCAGAAGAGCCGUUGCCAAGAGUUACCAAGAAGAAGACUGCUCCAUCUGCACGAUCAGUCUCAGCAGCAAAAUCUUCUUAUAUAAAUGAAAGGCUUACGACUGGUCUCGCCGGCACAUUCGAUGUACUCCAGGACAGUCACGUAUUUGGACAGGCGCAUAGGGUCAAUCGGAGCAUAUCGCACAAGAAUCGCGUCUUCGGCCAGAGUCACUGGAUCAAUACCUUUACCUUGUUUCGCGACAUCAUCGAGAUGCUCGAGCCCCACUUGAGAAGCGGGUCGUCCACAAUGCUCGGUAGCUUACAACGCUCCAAACAUCUAGCACGUGUGAUCAAAUCGCGGCGUUCACCGGCUUGGCCUACUCACUCGACGACAGAGUUGCCUCCAAAGCACAUCUGUGACCAGCUCAUUGAAGGGUAUCUCCGCACCAUCGAGACCGUAUACCGCGUUCUACAUAUCCCCACGUUUCUACAUGAAUACGAAGCAUUGUGUGCGACCCAGGCUGAGCCGAACGAGGCUUUCCUGGUACAACUCAAGCUGGUACUUGCUAUCGGAGCCGUCGUCUACGAUGACAAAUUCUCGAUGCGUACUGAGGCUACUCGCUGGGUGUACGAAGCACAAACUUGGAUGUCAUCACCUGUAUUCAAGUCACGGCUCGGCAUUCAAUAUCUACAGACGAGUAUCUUGCUGUUGCUAGCCCGUGAACUCGUUGAUAUAGGUGGCGAGUUUAUUUGGAUAUCAGCUGGAUCAGUACUUAGGACUGCCAUGUAUAUUGGCCUGCAUAGGGAUCCCACUCAACUUCCACGAAUUUCGAUCUUUGAAGCGGAAUUGCGACGACGAAUCUGGAACACAAUUCUUGAGAUUUGUCUCCAGUCAAGCCUUGUCUCGGGAGGGCCCAGCUUGAUCACGCUCUCGGAAUAUGAUACAAAGCCUCCAGGCAAUUUCGACGAUGAACAGCUCACGGCAGCGAAUCCUGUGGCGAGGACCAGAGACGCGCACACGCAAACCUCUGUCGCGAUAGCCCUUCGAGGGAGUUUGCCAGCCCGACUCGCAGUACUCAAGUUUUUGAACGACAUCAAAUCCAACGGAACAUACGACGAGACUUUACGAAUCGACAAAGAGCUGCGAGCAUCGUUCAAGGAUCUCAGAUAUAGACUCCAGACAUCCGCCACGAGCACCGGAUCCGUGCCUACACGCUUCGGACUACAAACAGUAGACUUCAUCAUGCAUCGAUACAUCACCUCACUACAUUUGCCGUUCUUUGGUGUUUCAUUGGAAGAAGCUAUCUAUGCGUUUUCAAGGAAGGUGGUUGUCGAAUCGUCGCUCAAGAUUUGGUCUAUCGCCUGUCCUUCGCCGGCACCAGUAGCAUCAUGGAACGCCGUAAACUCCCCUGUCAACAACGACCAAUCGAAUUCGGAAGACGAUCUGCCUCGUCUCUGCAAAAACGGUUCCGGUUUCUUCCGCGCGUUUACCUUCCAAGCUGCCACCGUGCUCGCUGUGGAAACGCGAGCUCAAGUACAAGAAGACGACAGUAUAGGCACAACUAUCAUUAGGCCCGACCUUCUCGCCGUUGUGAACAGUGCACCGAACUGGUAUUUGCAGUCUGUUGAAGCGGGCGAGACGGGUAUCAAGGGCUAUCUACUUUUGCGCCUUCUCUCUGCGCAAAUCGAUGCGCUCAUGCGUCAUGUUGGGAAGAAUGAAAUGCCACGCGUCUUGGUAGACGCUGCUGAAGAGGCAGGAGCCAGAACCUCGGGGAUGUUGGCGAGGCUAGCGGGGCAAGAGAACGAGGUUGGCGAUCUUGAAAGAAUGGACUUGGACAUCAAUAUGUCGGCUGAUUUCAUGGAAGAUUGGGAUUUGAUGAUGUCGAGUGUGUUUGACACAAACGACGGAAGUGACUUCAGCACUUUCUCGAUAUAUGGGUAGCUGGUAACCCUUUGUUACCGGCUGGGUGUAUGCAUAAUCCACGCCGAAUAUUGGGAUCUGUUGAAGGCGACAUUGUUACGAAGCAUCUCAUCGAAGAGUGCUGAGGCGCACGUGUGUGUGCAUGGACUUGUGGUGAGUUUGACUAAGACAGAAUGCUCAUGUUGGAUAAGGAUUUCUAGAGGUUGUUUAUACCUACGGGUAGUAUUGGGAACAGGAAUUAAUUUUGGCGAUUCUUUCAUUUCAGAACACAUUGGAUUUUAUCACUGUAAACGCGUCGUACUUACUCCAUCCACGCUCUCUUUGAAUUCCCACUUCUAGCCCACUUGUUUCGCCUUGCAAUAUUCUACUACGUUCGUUUCAUUGAAUUUGUUCCUGUCUCC